CCCCCAAGGGGCACGAGCAAGAGACGGAGUUCCGACAGCUCAAGGAAGGGUUGCAAGGCAUGCGGCCAGGAGAGUCACUCCCUGUCCAAUUGUUUCUAUGUAUUCCCACACUCUGCCUUUGAAGGCUUCAGGUUCAACCAGCGGACCAAGAGUGCCGUUGAAGAAGCCCUGAGGACCGACUCGAGCCUUAAGGAAGAGGUCGAGCGGAUCAGGAAGAAGUUACGGAAGGCCCGUUUCGAGGAGAGAAAGACGAAGGAGGAUGUUACUGUCACAGAGCAGCUGGAUUGACAGUUAAGGAAGAUCACCGAGAUCAAGGGCAGUUUCAUAGUCACAAAAUCGGCAUUCGCAAUCAACGACUACCCUCUCUACUACUCCGCCAUUCUUGACUCAGGAUCAACAAUUCACAUCUUCAACCAGCGAAACCGAUUCCUCAACUCUCGAGAGGCUGAACCUGGAGAUGCCAUCUGGACAGGAGACAGCCGGCUACCAAUCUUGGGAUACGGAGAUGUCGACAUCCUUGUCAAGACCUCCCAGGGCACCAGACGAUAUUUCCGACUGUAUGAUGUUGCCUGGUGCGACAGACUGCAGUGUAACCUCGUCUCCUUUCGCGAACUCCUUACCAGGGGUUACUCCUGGGAUACGGAACGACAGCCGACCGUCAUCAAAAGGCCAGACGGCACAGAACUAUGCACCGUACCGGUCAUUCAAGGUCAAUUCGUCAUGGAAUAUCGUAUGCCGCGGCACAACGAGGCAAUUUUCGCCACGGUACCCCGGAAGUCCUAAGUCCUGGAGGCAACGCCAAUCACCACCAGCCACAGCCCAGAGAUGGCACUUGCGGCUCGGACACCCUGAACCAGACGCACUACGCCACCUUGUCAAUGCGGCAGUGGGAGUUCGCAUGAUCAAUCUCCAAGGCACUCGACGCAAACGGAACCGACGAAAGAAGAGGUCCUCGUCACGAAGAGCUGUGCCAGCCCCUGCAGCUGCGUACUCCGCGGUUCAGACGGCUGGAUCAGAAGAGGCACCUGGCGACGAUUGCGUGGGACCAAACCAAGACUGUCCUGCGGAGCUCACUGAAGCUCAAAAGGCAGCUCUAGAUGCUGAGAAACAGCAUGUCCCACCGUCGAAAACCCACUGCGAUGCAUGUGCCAUGGCAAAGGCAACACGCAGCGAGUACCGCAAACCCCGGGACCUCAGCGCAUAUAAGCCAGGAGAAAGGAUCGCCAUCGACUUCCACGACUUCGAAAGAGACGCAGACGGUUUCAAGAGCAUGACGCUCAUCACAUGCCGAGUCUCAGGAUACAUGUGG